AUCAAAGGGGAAGAAGAAAAUUUAAUUGAACGGCACUUUAUUUUCCAUUUGACAAAGUCCUAAACAUGACAGAACUGCUCAUAGAUCCCGAUAUACGCGUUUGGGUAUUUCUGCCCAUUGUGCUUAUCACAUUUCUAGUCGGUAUUGUGCGUCAUUAUGUCUCCAUUCUUAUAUCCACACAAAAGAAGGCGGAGAUAACCCAAAUAAUGGAUAGCCAGGCUAUGAUACGCGCUCGUUUGCUGCGCGAGAAUGGCAAAUAUUUAAGCGCUCAGUCCUUCUCGAUGAGAAAAAACUUUUUCAAUAAUGAGGAGACAGGCUACUUCAAGACCCAGAAACGCGCGCCGGUCGCUCAGAACUCAUCGGCUAUGUUGACAGACAUGGUCAAGGGUAACUUCAUUAAUGUGCUGCCUAUGGUGGUAAUUGGUGGCUGGAUCAACUGGAUGUUCAGUGGUUUUGUGACCACCAAGGUGCCCUUCCCACUUACUUUGCGCUUUAAGCCUAUGCUGCAACGCGGUGUGGAGCUGGCCUCAUUGGAUGCCGCCUGGGUUUCUUCGGCCUCUUGGUAUUUCUUGAACGUCUUUGGCUUGCGUUCCAUCUACACGUUGGUGCUCGGUGAGAACAAUCAUGCUGAUCAGACGCAAGCACAGGCAGAUGCCAUGACGGGCGCUGCUAUGACAAUGCCGCAAGAUCCAAAGGCUGCUUUCAAAGCCGAGUGGGAGGCUCUCGAGAUAACCGAGUAUCAGAAUGCGCUCAAGAAUAUUGAUGGUGAAAUGUUGAGCUUGGCCAAUGGCAGCUCAUCCUAGCGAUGCCAAAAGAAG